CAAAUGGUGACUCUAUAAAGCUCAUAACUGAUUCACAGACUUCAUCGAUAAUUUGCCAAGGAACGCCAUCCUUACCUCCUUCCUGGUCAACUAAAGCUGAGCCUUUAUCUGAUUCUGACUUUUCUGAUUCUUUCCUCAGCAGCAGUCAUCACAUGAAGCCCUUCGCCAACCUUUAAAGCUGUUACACUUUCAAAGACAUGAAGAUACUUGGACAUGUGACCUUCUUCCUUUUGCUGGUGGGAAUCUGGGCUCAGAACAACCGUAAUGCAAAAGCAAGUGGGAGAUCUACAAAGAGAGGAGGUGGGGCCCAUGCAGGUAGGGCUGCACAGUCCACCCCAGCAGCUGAUUCUUCUCAAGGCAGUGGCAGAAGCUCUGGGAGACCAGCUGAAACACGGCAGGACAGCUCUGUUGGAACCCGUGCAGCUGGUCAACAGACAGAUGAGAUGAGGCUGCAGUUCCUCAGGAAUGCUCAGGUGACAUGCAACGAUGGUUCUGCAGCUGGUUUCUACCUAAAGGAGUACAGAGGAAGCCGCAGAUGGCUGUUAUUUCUGGAAGGUGGCUGGUGCUGCUACAGCAAAGAGACCUGUGAUUCCAGGUACCAAAAUAUCCCCCGACUAAUGAGCUCAUCGGGGUGGCCCCAAACUAAAAGAGGGACUGGGAUAUUGUCAUCUCUGGCAGAAGAAAACCCACACUGGCACAAUGCAAACCUUGUAUUCAUCCCAUACUGUUCCAGUGAUGUAUGGAGCGGCACUGGCCCCGCCGCAACCCCCCCACCAAGAACAAGACAGGGAAAAGACAAAGUCAAAGAAACAAAUAGGAAUGCAACUGAGUACUCUUUCAUGGGAUCCCUUAUUAUCCGGGAGGUCAUCAAAGAUCUCAUCCCCAAAGGAAUCAAGCAGGCCAAGGUUGUCGUGCUAGCUGGCACCAGUGCUGGUGCAACAGGUGUUUUACUCAACAUAGAGAGGGUUGCCAGCCAGUUGCAGCGUCUAGGAACUGAGGCGCAGGUGCGAGGCCUGGUGGAUUCUGGCUGGUUUCUGGAGAGUAAGCAGCAACGCUCCCCAAACUGCCCCGAGACGAUUUCCUGCACGCCUGAAGAUGCUAUCAAGAUAGGACUUAGGUUGUGGAAUGGGGUGGUUCCAGAUAGGUGCCGCCAGCUUUACAAGAGAGGGGAGGAGUGGCAAUGCUUCUUUGGUCACAAACUCUACUCCACUUUGACUUCUGCCCUCUUUAUCGUGCAGUGGCUGUUUGACGAGGAGCAGCUGAGAGUGGAAAAUAUCUACAUGGGAGGUCAGAGUCUGUCUGAGGAGCAGUGGCAGUACAUCCAGAAUCUGGGCGUGGAGAUUAAAAACUCCCUGAGAGAUGUGAGUGCGGUAUUUGCUCCAUCUUGCCUUUCACACACACUCAUCACAAAAAGCAACUGGAUGAGUUUCCAAGUCAAGGGAACAUCUCUGCCACGGGCCCUCCACUGUUGGGACAGAAGUCUGGAGGCAGUUCGUAACAACAGAACCCCAGCUAAAGGAUGCCCUUUCCACCUGGUGGACUCCUGUCAGUGGCCCCAGUGUAACCCCACCUGUCCAGCUUUGGUUGAUCAGGCCACCCAGCAGGAGCUUACGUUGCUCCAGAUGUUAGUCGCCAUGGGCCUUAACCCUCAGAGGCUUGGCUUAGAUUCCGAACUAGAAGAAGAUUCUAUGGGAAGGAUCGUCAGUAAUGGUGGCUAAAAGGAGUCAAGAGAAGACAUGGAGAAAGUCUUUAGAACUUUAUGUAACUGUGGAAAUCCAUAUAUAUAUAUAUAUAUAUAUAUAUAU